AUGAGUUCUGACUAUUCACAACAAUAUACGGAUUUGAUAGGGGCGCUUGAAAAGCUCUUCCACAUAAAAUCUAAUGAACCUAUCGAAGAUAUGUGCAGUAUAAUUGCAAAUACUUUGAUUUCGAAGUAUCAACUUUCAAUAAAUCAACUUACAAAGUUAAUUCAUGAGACAAUUAGAUACAAUUAUGCAUCUGGAGCGAAUUACGUCAAAAUACUCAAACAGAUCGGGGCUGACCUAGCCGGAGUUUCGGAUUAUCAUUUUGAAACUGAGGGCUCGAUUAAAUUUAUAGUUAUGCAUGAUCAAAUUGAUGAGUUCAAGGAAUACUUAACUCAAAAUUCAAUAUCUGGUAAUAUUUUUCUCAAAAUUCCUAAUUUCGUGUACAAUGCUAAUCACUAUCUAAAAUAUUCUGCAGAGUUAUCACUAAUUGAAUCAUGUGCCUACUUUGGAUCUGUUAACAUUUUUUAUUUCUUGAUUUCGAAUCAAAUCUGUAAAAUAACUAAAAGAUGUCUUUGCUACUCAGUAAUUGGAGGAAAUCAAGACAUCAUCAACGAAUGCUUGAAAGAAAAUAAAAUGGAUAUUGCUUGUCUCAGAAGCAUUAUAAGAGCACACAAUCACGAAUUGCUUGAAUAUGUUUUAAAUAGAGAGAUAUUCGAGCUUGAUGAUUUAUACGGUGAGAAUUGGAAAUGGGGAAUAGAAGAUAAUUGUAUGGGAGAUGUAAAUUAUAGACCUAUUUAUAAAGAUAUCAUCAGAUAUCAAAACCUUAAUGCUGUAUUUCUUCUAUUCAAAAGGAACAAAAAUUACAUCUUUCCAUGGGGUGCUGCAUUUCCGCAAACAAUAGAUAUUUUCAAAAACAAUACAUUUUCUAACAAACAUAAUCACACUAAAUGUGGAAUUAUUUAUUUUGCAUGUAAAUCGAAAAAUUCUGAUAUUUGCAGAUUAUUAUUUGAGUCAUACAAUCAAAUUAUAGUCAACAAUAAUGAAGGAGAUGAUGAAUGUAUUUCACAUGGUAUAGACAUCAAUGAAAAAGAUGAUGAUGGACAAACCGCUCUUCAUAUUGCAGCUAGUUUUAAAAGUAAAGAAAUAGCCGAACUUCUUAUUUCACAUUGUAUAAAUAUCAAUGAAAAAGAUGAUGAUGGAGAAACCGCUCUUCAUAUUGCAGUAUUAAGUAAUAGUAAAGAAAUUGUCGAACUUCUUAUUUCACAUGGUAUAAAUAUCAAUGAAAAAGAUGAUGAUGGACAAACCGCUCUUCAUAUUGCAGCUAGUUUUAAAAGUAAAGAAACAGCCGAACUUCUUAUUUCACAUUGUAUAAAUAUCAAUGAAAAGGAUAAUGAUGGAGAAACCGCUCUUCAUAUUGCAGUAUUAAGUAAUAGUAAAGAAACAGCCGAACUUCUUAUUUCACAUGGUAUAGAUAUCAAUGAAAAAGAUUAUGGUGGAAAAACCGCUCUUUAUUAUGCAGCAAAAUAUAAUAGUAAAGAAAUCGUCGAACUUCUUAUUUCACAUGGUAUAGAUAUCAAUGAAAAAGAUUGUGGUGGAAAAACCGCUCUUCAUAUUUCAGUAUUAAGUAAUAGUAAAGAAAUAGUCGAACUUCUUAUUUCACAUUGUAUAAAUAUCAAUGAAAAGGAUAAUAAUGGACAAAUCGCACUUCAUAUUGCAAUACGUGGAAAUAGUCCCCAGUACUGA